AUGGCGGCGGGACCAACAGUAAAGCUUUUGUGUUCGGAAUCUCAGCCUCGUGCCGGCUUCGUUUAUCCGUAUGUAUGCCAAACCCCACAAUGUGCGAGCCGUGUCAUGCAAGUACGCCCAAAUUCGACCAUUUCGACGAACGUGCACGAUGCAGAUGAAUCGAAGGAUGGUUUUCUGAAGCGAUUCGUAAAGAAAAUGGGUUGGAUUGAUAAUUCUGCUACGAGAUUGCGUGUGUCGAGCUGCCUACUGUACGAAUCCGUCGUUGAUCACAUAAAUUAUGCCGAAUUUUUCAAACACUUUAACAUGCCGGACACUUUCAAUACCUGGUUCUUGAUCACGGAACUGCACGUGUGGAUGUUGCUGGUACGUUCGAUGGCGGAAGGCGCUGAAAAGGGUGCUGCCGGACGGUUUAUGCGCAACUGUAUUGUAGAAACGAUGUGGAACGAUGUGACCACACGCGCCAAACAGCUAACCAUGGACAAUCCGUCGGUGGUGCGUCCACAGAUACAGCAACUGUCGGAACAGUUUCAGGCUGCACUGAUAUCGUACGACGAAGGUAUUAGUUACGAUGAUAAAGCGCUAGCGGCCGCUCUUUGGCGUAGGUUUUUGGGCGGUCGUUGUGAUGAUUAUGAAAAACUCGAGCAUCUAGUCGGAUACGUGCGCAGGCAGGUCUCAAUGCUCGAUCAGUUAAGUCGAUAUGAUUUCGCAAUCAAGCCUACGAUUAAAUGGGCUCCGUUGGUUGAAGAAAAGCAACCAACGUAACC